CGCGAUUGCCGGCCCCGACUUCACAUUUUUUUAACAAAAGGCAAAAAGUUUAACGCGCCAGUUCAGCGCGGAACAUUUACUUGCCAGUUUUCAUUAAUGUUUCGCAAGAUAUUAUCGUACAAAUAGAGACAGUAACGUGGCCAACGUGGACUUUCCAUCGACAGAUUGUAUCCCGUUUAUCAAACUCAGACGGCUCAGUGAUGUCCGGCAAACGAACCGCUACCUCAGAGCUGAACCAUGAUAAUUGGAAUGACGAAGAAACUCGGGAAGAGGCAGGAACAUUUAGCAAAGCAUCGAAAGAAGAUUUGCAGAGAAGAGUCAUCAAAUCUGCCAGACGGCGGAUAGUCAACAGCGGAGGAGAUGAUGCACCAAAGGCAGCGUUUGGUGCAUUUACUGCAUUCAAAACUGCCGUACCUGCAGGUUCUUCACCCUUCAGCUUCCUUGCAAACACUAGUAAUGUAAUAAAUACCAAGAGUAGUGAAAAAACGGUAGUUAAUACAGUAGGUCCGAGCAAUGGAUCGGCAAACACAGCAGCAAACGGACCAGAAAGCAAAGAUUCUUCUUCGUCGAAGCAGGAAUCAGUGUCGAAAAAUUCAGAUGCUAAGCAAUUUCCAACUAGAAAGGAAGGUGGAAAGAUUUUCAAAAAAUCAACGGAUUAUUAUGCAAAAUUGAAGGGACUUAACGAGAGCGUCACUCAAUGGAUCAAGUCACAUGUCGAUUCAAAUCCAUUUUGUAUUUUAACCCCAAUAUUUAAAGAUUAUGAAAAGCAUCUUCAAGAAAUUGAAGCUAAACACGGGCAGGAAACCGCCUCGACCAUUUUGAGCCCAGAAAAGACUGCGGAAAAAUCCAGCUUGGAAAGUUCACCUGUUAAGAGUAAGUCGAAUUCAGAGACAGGAAAGACUGAAUCACAGACUGAGAAGUCGGUCUUCAAUAAUUCAUCAGUGGGAAAUGCAGAAUCGAAGAGCGAAUCAUCGAUUUUCAAAAAUGUCAAUGUUGGAAAGUCGAUAUUCGGGAAUACCGAAAUCACCUCGGAAGUCAAAAGCGUUUUUGGCAGUGUUUCCACUGAACGAAAUCCAUUUUUAAGUACAUCGUAUUCAGCUGUAGAAGAUAAGAAAACUGAAAGUGAAUCUGCCAUCACUGAUCAGAAGCCAACAGCAAGUCUUUCAUUUCCACAAUCUGGCCCCACAGCCACAUUCAGCUUUGGCCAAAGUUCAGCAACCAGUACAGCUACGGCAGGAUUUAGUUUCGGAGGUGGAAAACCAUUUUCUUUUGGCAAUGUGGCUAAAACUACAGAAGUAGAAGAAACGAAAGAAGACGAAGAAAAAGAUGAAGAUGACGAACCACCAAAACCAGACUUCAAACCAAUCACGGAAGAAGAUGCAAUCUAUGAACAACGAUGCAAGGUAUUUGUCAAAAAGGAUGGGAAUUUCACUGAUCGAGGAGUAGGUACCCUGUUCCUGAAACCUACACCAAACGACAAAACACAACUGAUAGUGCGUGCCGAUACUUCGUGUGGAAAUUUACUCUUGAAUACCAUAUUAACUGAGGGCAUUCCAAUGCAGCGUAUGGGAAAGAAUAACGUUAUGAUGGUUCUUCUUCCAACACCAGAUUCGAAACCACCACCGACACCAGUUUUGAUAAGAGUGAAAACAAGCGAGGACGCUGAUGCGUUGUUAGAGAAGCUUAAUAAGCACAAGAAAUGAUUUUUUUUAAUCAUGCCUACUGACCAUUGUUCAACGGACAUCGAUCCAUAAGUCAUUAUGGCGGAUGUCAGUUCUUGAAUGAAAGCAAAGCAAUCGUGAAUGUGUAUGUGUUUCUUAUCAGAAACUAAAGAUGCUAUAUAAAUGUUAAUGUACAACAUUUACAGCUUAGUACUAUUGGCAUAGAUAUAAUACACAAAUAGAAUACAGUCUCGGCAAUUUUACAUUUACGCAAAGAUCACAAUCGCAAUCAAUAAUUGAAAUAUUGCAACAAACGAAUUCAAGCUUUGUAUAAAUCACGUGAAUGCGCAUUCGGAACAAAUUAAAGUCGGAUGCGUUUAUAUGUUGAUUAAUUAUACUCAAAUAAGUGGUUUUCUGCUAAAUUUAUAACAGGAAUAUUCCCUAUUCACGUCAUUUGAUUUUAGAAAGAAUAAAUGCCACUUUUAUGUAUGAGAUCGUUUGGUCUUGGUUUUAUGAAUGCUGCAAAAUAAAUUUUACCGACAGUUCCUACAAAUUGGUACUGCAGAUAAGGAUAAAUUUUUUUUUUUUAGUGGCGAUAAGAAAUGUUAACUUACUUAAGUUAUGAGAGACAGCAAAUAAAUCUAUGUAAAAUGGAUUCUAUGCUCUACUAUCGACGAUAUUGUCGUAUCGUAGGUGAUAACGUGCUAACGUAAAUGCAAAUGGAUCUAGUGAAGCAUAAGAUCGAACUUUACAACGUCUAUAUCUGUUGGUACUAAUCAAAGAUAUAAUAAAAUAAUUUCACAAAUGAGACAAAUGAGUAACCACCGAUGAUUAGAGGUAAUCAGUUGAAUAAAGAUUUAAACGGAUAAACCCUCAUUAUUGACCAGUAGUACAUACGUCGGACAUUCAAAAUAUUUCAGAUUAACUUUUUUUUAAAUCUUAGGUACGCGUUGCUGUGAAUUUAUCAUUAGCCUUUAUUCCGUAAAAUUUUAUUUUUCACCUGUGUUGAAAUAAAUAUUACGGAAAUAAAAUGAAUUAUACUGAGUUUCCACGAUACUUUCAUACGAACAAAAGUACACUGUUAGAUAAUCACCUUGUUAAACAAUUAACUGUAUAUAAAUAAAGCAUCUGAAAUUAUACCGCUACAUGUAGUUGACUUCCAUUAAGUAUCCUUUUCCUCAACAAGCAGCAAUUCAGGGAUUUAUAAAUUUGUUUUGAAAGUCUCCAUUAUAUCAAAUUAUGUUUCAUCUAUUAUUUUAGAUACAAUUUAUAGCGCGUUUAUAAUAUAUGCAACUCAAAAUAUUCUAUACAUCCUCAUACUUUUUAAUUUCGGUAAAAUAUUAUUUUCUCCAUUUAUUAUUAGGGUAUGAACGUAUAUAAUAUUAAUUAAAUAUUUCAAUCGUCUCAAGUAUUCAACACAACAUUCUUCUACUACAAUAUUUUCAUAAUUUCUUUCUUUUACGAUUUAAUAUUAUUACUGAAUGUUUUAAUCGUAAGAUAUAUAUAUUUGUAAUUUUAAGUAAAUACAUAAUUAUUUUCAACGCAAGUAUUAACUGUGUAAUUGAACGUUAGCAGUGGUGCAGAAAUAUCGAUGAAAGAAAAGAAGAAAAUUAAUUUUUUUCCCACUUUUACCAAAGUGAGACUGACAAAAUUGUGCAACCGGAAAUAAUGUUUGAUAUUGCAGUUAUCAUUCCAUAUCACACCUCUAUAAAGUACACAAUAAGAUACUGGAUACAUUAUGUAGACAUUUAAUUCAAAAUAAGUGACUUGAGUAAAAAAUUUUUUACGAUGUCAAGAGAAUAUUGAUUAUUGCAAAAAGAUCAGAAGAAUUUUUUUCAUAUAAGAUGUAAAAUUUUUUUACACCACGUUGGUUCAAAACUUAUUACCAUUCCUAAUUGCAAUUCCUCGUACUUUUUGUCUUUU